AUGGAUGGAUGCGAUUGUAUUGAGCCACUCUGGCAGGCCGAUGAUCUGCUAAUGAAGUACCAGUACAUAUCUGACUUCUUUAUCGCACUUGCAUACUUCUCAAUCCCUUUGGAGCUGAUAUACUUCGUCCAGAAGUCAGCUUUCUUCCCGUACCGAUGGGUGCUCACACAGUUUGGUGCGUUCAUCGUUCUGUGUGGGGCGACCCACCUGAUAAACAUGUGGACUUUCACUACACAUACCAAGACCAUAGCCGUGGUACUGACGGUGGCAAAAGUGGCGACAGCAGUUGUGUCAUGCAUAACAGCUCUGAUGCUUGUUCAUAUAAUCCCUGAUUUGUUGAGUGUGAAAUUGAGGGAGAGGUUCCUGAAAGCGAAGGCUGAGGAGCUUGAUAGGGAGAUGGGGAUAAUAAGGACACAAGAGGAGACGGGAAGGCAUGUGCACAUGCUCACACACGAGAUAAGGAGUACGCUUGACAGGCAUACCAUUCUGAGAACUACACUUGUUGAAAUGGGGAGAACUCUUGGUUUAGCAGAGUGUGCUGUGUGGAUGCCGUCCCGCUCUGGAACAACCCUUCAGCUCUCACAUGCGCUCCAUAGCAGUGCUCCGCUCGGAUCAGUUGUUCCUAUCAAUCUUCGGAUUAUAGCUACCAUUUUUAAUAGUAAUCGUGCUGAGCGAAUACCACAUACUUCCCCAUUAGCUUCAGUGAAGACUCAGAAAAGCAAGUACGUUCCACCAGAGGUCGUUGCUGUGCGUGUUCCGCUCCUGCAGCUUACAAAUUUCCAAAUAAAUGAUUGGCCUGAGCUAUCUGCAAAAGCCUUUGCAGUGAUGGUUUUGAUGCUUCCUCCAGACAGUGCACGGAAAUGGCGACCCCAUGAACUGGAGCUUGUUGAAGUCGUUGCCGAUCAGGUGGCAGUUGCACUGUCCCAUGCUGCCGUUUUGGAAGAGUCCAUGCGAGCCCGUGAUUUGCUAAUGGAGCAGAAUAUUGCUCUGGACGCAGCACGCCGAGAGGCGGAAAUGGCUAUAUGUGCUCGGAAUGAUUUUCUUGCUGUCAUGAAUCAUGAAAUGCGGACUCCUAUGCGAGCAAUCAUUUCUUUAUCAUCCCUCCUGUUAGAAACAAAACUUACUGCAGAACAGCGCAUGAUGAUUGAGAGUAUACUAAAGAGUAGCGAUCUUCUAGAGACUCUUUCAAAUGAUGUUUUAGAUAUCUCCAAGCUUGGGGAUGGCAGUCUUGAGCUGGAAAUUGCACCUUUUAAUCUACAUGCCACCUUUACAGAUGUGGUUGAUUUAAUUAAGCCAGUAGCUGCAUUGAAAAGGCUAUCGGUAAUGGUUCACUUGUCUCCAGAAUUGCCCACCUGUGCAAUUGGUGAUCGAAAGAGGUUGAUGCAGAUAAUACUAAAUGUUGCUGGGAACUCCGUUAAGUUUACAAAGGAGGGUCAUGUUUCAAUUUCAGCAUCUAUCGCUAGGUCAGAUUCUCUGAGGGACCCAUAUGCUCCUGACUUCCAUCCAGUUCUCUCCGAUGGGUCAUUUUACUUGGCUGUGCAGGUAAAAGACACCGGCUGUGGAAUUAGCCCACAAUAUAUGCCUCACACCUUCACAAAAUUUGCACACCCGCAAAAUGCUAUAAACAAAUUGGAUAAUGGCAACGGAUUGGGUCUGGCCCUUUCCAGAAGAUUUGUUGCCCUUAUGCAAGGGAACAUCUGGCUCGAAAGCGAAGGCGUAGGGAAGGGCUGUACCGCAACGUUCUUUGUGAAGCUAGGACUAUCUGAUAAACCAAAUGCAAAUCUCCGGAGAAUCGUGCCUCCUGUCCAGCCAAAACAAGGAACUGCAGAUCCAGAUGCAUCAUCGAUAAUCAAUGGCGACAUGGCAAUUCUUCCGCAUCGUUACCAGUCGAUGAUAUGA